AUGCUUAGAUCAACUACAUCCAAUUUGAUGUCUAGAAGAUCUCUAGCUACCGUGGCUAAGACCCUGCCUAAGAUUGAAGUCACUGAACUAUCUAACGGUAUUACUGUCGCAUCUGAAUAUAACCCUGAUGCAAAGACUAGCUCUAUCGGUUUAGUAUAUGCAGCAGGUUCAAGUGCAGAAAAUCUUUAUAAUAAUGGUGUCUCUAAUUUAUGGACUAAUUACUUCACCCAUUCCGGUAUACAACAAGAAGCAGCCAAAAAGGGGUUCUCUUUGUCGUCAAAAGUUAAUAGAGAAUCGCAAUCCUUUACUGUUAAUACUCUAUCGGGGAAUACACAACAAGCUUUAAAUUUCUUACAGAGUCAAUUUGUCUCUAAAUUAUCAGGCUCUUUAGGAAGCGCUGCUUCUACAAAUAUCUUCAGCACUGUAAAGAAGGAUACUUUGAAACAAAUAACCGAGUUUGAAGAGAAUAAUCAUUCGGGUCUUGUCUUGGAACAUUUACAUUCUACUGCGUUCCAAAAUACUCCUCUGGCUCUACCCACUAGAGGUACUGUGGAGACUGUGGAGACUUUGAUCCCUGAAGAUUUGGAAACUUUUGCUAACGAAUUCUUCCAUUCAAAGAAUACUACCAUUGUCGCUACAGGUAAUACUCCACAUGAUGAACUGGUUAAAGCUAUCGACUCUGAAUUAUCACUAAACACUAAGUCUAUCUCCACACCAAUCGCUAAGUCAUCCUUCUUAGGUUCUGAAGUUAGAUUAAGAGAUGAUACUUUACCAAAGGCUUGGAUAUCUUUGGCUGUAGAAGGUGAAAGUAGUAAAUCUCCAAAUUAUCUGGUAGCUAAUGUUGCUGCUAACAUCUUUGGCUCGUAUGUUGCCAAUGAACCACGUUCAAGACUACAAGGGAUCAAAUUGCUAGAUAACAUCCAAGAAUACCGUUUGUGUGACUCGUUCAACCAUUUCUCCUACUCUUAUAAAGAUACUGGUCUAUGGGGGUUCUCUACUGAGAUCGGUAAUGUCGGUGGGAUUGACGAUAUGAUCCAUUUCACUUUGAAACAAUGGAAUAGAUUGACCAUCUCCAUCACAGAAACCGAAUUGGAAAGAGGUAAAGCUCUAUUGAAAUUGAAAUUGGGACAAGCUAAUAGCUUGCGUACUAGAGACGCCUCUUUACUAGGUAAUGAAUUGAUUGAAAACGGCGGAUUAUACUUGAACACCGCCGAAGUCUUUAAGAAGAUCGAUUCUAUCACUACUAAGGAUAUUAAGAACUGGGCAGGUAGCCGUGUUUGGGAUCAAGAUAUCGCUAUCUCUGGUACUGGUCAAAUCGAAGAUUUGUUAGACUAUAUGAGAAUGAGAAAUGAUAUGUCUAUGUUGAGAUGGUAA